AUGCCUUCGCCUGCGCACAACAUUCUUCUUUUUGGCGACCAAAGCGUGGACAAGCUUCCUGCAAUACGUUCCCUCUGUCGAUCCAGCUCCAAGUCCAAAGUCUUGCGGGACUUUUUGCAAGCAGCAAAUGAUGCAGUACAGAUACAAGCUGCCAAACUAAGACCUGACGAAAGGGCCUGCUUCCUGAAUGCCGACAGUAUCGAAGCACUUGCCGAGCACAAUGCUGCGGCCGCAGCUCCAAGCGAAGUCGUGGCUACCAUCCUUAUGGGGAUUGCCAGGCUGGGCGAACUCUUGUUGCACGCAGAACAACGAACCUCUAUACUUGGCUCACCCCUGCAUCCAGUUGACAUCCUCGCCUUCUGCACUGGAGAAAUCCCUGCUGCUGUGGCCCUAACUGCACAAGAUACCUCACAACUCUUCGAGCUUGCAGUUGAAACGGUCGCAAUCAUCUUUCGCCUCGCACUUGCUAUCAUCCGUCGCUCCGAGGCCAUCGACACUACGCAGGAAUGUUGGGCUACUACUCUCGUUGGUCUGCCACGGAGCGAGGUUGAGAAAUUGUUGCAGACCUUUUUCGAGACCGAGGUACGUUGGUCUUCGAAGCAGAAAUGGACUUACGCUGAUACGGGAUAGCACAUACCCCUCUCUCGGCGUAUCUCUAUAUCAGUCGAAGGGAAGGGCUGGUUGACCCUAUUUGGUCCUCCAUCGACGCUUGGAAAGCUCUGGACUGCCGUUCCGCAACUCCGUGACUGCGCUAAAUUACCGACAGACGCCAAAGGUGCCGUACACAUGAGCAAUCUGCCUGGUCUCAAUAUCGACCAGGUUCUGGAGAGCUCGCCCCUGCUGGAGUCACCAGUCGACCAUGCAAAGGCCCGCAUGUUAUCGCCCUUCACGAGACAGGCCUACGAGGGCGCGACUUUCGGCGAGACCUUGCGAGAAAUCAUACCCGACAUCACGCAAAACGCAUACUAUCCUGAGAGCACAACCGCUAGCGUCAUUCAAUCCCUGCGGAGUUCUUCACCCAAUGCAGCAGCCCUUUUGACUGUGAUGGGCCACACACAUUAUCAGCCUCUUGUGCAGAAAGCCCUAGAAGAUGCGAACGUCAAAUGGGAACUUGCACAGCACGAUGAGAGCAAGGGAAACGCCGCCACACGCUCAGGGUCUGGUCUCGUCGCUGUGGUCGGCAUGUCGGGUCGAUUUCCAGACGCGGAAAACGUGAAAGAGUACUUCGACAACCUGUUGCGAGGUCAGGUAUCGAUCAAAGAAAUUCCAAAGUCUCGGUUCGAUCUUGAUCAGUUCUACGAUGCAGCACACCAGAAGAAGAAUUCCACUGCUGCAAAGCAUGGCACCUUUCUGGAUCGCCCGGGUGCGUUCGAUUACCGGCUCUUCAACAUGUCGCCUCGGGAGGCGGCUCAGACGGAUCCGCUCCAGCGUCUGUAUCUUACAGUUGCACACGAAGCAUUAGAAAUGUCUGGAUAUCAUCCUGACUCAACUCCGUCUACCUUCAGGAAUCGCGUCGCAACCUACUUUGGACAAUGUUCGGAUGACCACCGCGACGGCGUUCCGAAUUCUGAAAGCGGCACUGACGUCUACUGGACCCCAGGCACUGUGCGAGCAUUCGCUCCUAGCCGAUUGAACUACCAUUUCAAAUUCGGAGGAGGCAGCUACAGCGUGGACAACGCUUGUGCGUCUUCCACGACCUGCGUCUCGUUGGCGUGCUCGGCGCUUCUCGACCGUGAGUGUGAUAUGGCACUGGCCGGUGGUGGAAGCAUCCUCUCGUCGCCGCAUCCUUUCGCUGCCUUGUCGCGAGCAGGCAUGGUGUCUUUGACAGGCGGCUGCAGGACUUUCCACGAUGAUGCAGAUGGAUACUGCAGAGGGGAGGGAUUGGGCUGCGUUGUUCUGAAACGACUCGAAGACGCGGAAGCAGAGAACGACAACAUCCUGGGCGUAAUCUGUGGUAGCGGAAGGAAUUACAGCAACACAGCCCCUUCGAUGACCCAUCCUUCGUCCGAAGCUCAGCAGAGGCUCUAUCGUCGGGUGCUACAAAAAGCGAACAUGCGCCCAGAAGAGAUUUCGUUUGUGGAAAUGCAUGGGACAGGCACACAAGCCGGGGAUGCAGUCGAGGUCUCGUCCGUCUUGCAGGUCUUCGCUGACAAGCGCGCUAAGGACAGUCCGCUGAUUGUUGGCGCUGUCAAGGCAAAUAUUGGUCACGGUGAAGCAGUAAGUCACCGGACCUCAAAUUUCACGUGCCUUCGCUAAUGUGUAAAGGCUGCUGGCAUUUGCAGUCUGAUCAAGUCCCUGCAAAUGCUUCGAACUGGUCGAGUUCCGCCCCAGCCAGGCAUGCCGUUCAAAAUCAACCAUCGCUUCCCAGAUCUCGCCAAGAAGAAUGUCUACAUCGCCUCCAAGGGUGCGAGCAUUCGUCCCUCAAAACGUAGCACUAACGGGAGGAAAAAGAUCAUGAUCAACAGCUUCGAUGCUUCCGGCGGAAACACCUGCUUGGCAAUCGAAGAGGCAAGCCCGCCAGCUGCGAGAGCAGAGGAUUCGCGAACCUGCCAUGUUAUUGCCGUCUCGGCGAGAACGGAGUCAUCGUUCGUCAACAACAAGAAGAGACUUCUUGAAUUCGUCAAAUGCAACCCUUCGUUGAAGCUCUCGGACUUGGCUUAUUCGACAACGGCACGCCGAAUGCAUCACACAUUACGUACGUCGUAUGUUGCGAGUAGCACCAAAGAACUUUUGCAGGUCAUGGAAAGCGAUCUCAAAAUCAACGACCAAGACAUCGAUUCUGUGCCUAGAAAAUCUGCUCCUGCCGGUGUCAUCUUUGUGUUCACAGGACAGGGCAGUCAGUACGUUGGAAUGGGACGGGCGUUGUUUCAUUCGCAGCCGGAAUUUCGACAGUUGCUGGAGCAGUACCAAGCCAUGCUCGCCGCUCAAGGACUGCCCACAGAGAAGGUCCAUUUCCUGGAGCUCAUUUCUCGAGACGACCUUGACUUGGCAACGCAAUCAGCAGCCAAAGUUCAACUGGCUGUUGUAGCUCUUGAGAUUGCUCUUGCCAGUUUGUGGAAGUCCUUUGGUGUCAUUCCAGACUUGGUCAUCGGGCACUCACUGGGUGAGUAUGCAGCGCUCUGCGUUGCUGGCGUACUCAGCGUUAGUGAUGCUCUGUACCUUGUUGCAUCACGAGCAAUCAUGAUGGAGGAUCAACUAAUCGCCGGAACCUACGCCAUGCUCGUCAUCCGUCAGAACGCGGAAAUCGUCCGGAAACAACUCGCACAGGUCGGCGCUAGCUCCUGUCAGAUUGCCCUCAAGAACGCGCCGGAGAUGACGGUCGUCAGUGGAACUAAAAAGGACGUUGAGGAACUUCGUGCCCAUCUACAGGCGCAGAGCAUGAAGACCAUGCUCUUGCAGCUGCCCUAUGGCUUUCACAGUGCCCAGCUUGAUCCCAUACUUGAAGGCUUCGAAACGAUCGCCGGCAGCGUUGCAUUCUCGAAGCCGACGAUUCCCGUUGCUUCUUCGCUUCUUGCGAAGGUUGUGCGAGAAGCCGGCACGUUCUCGCCGAGAUACCUGAGGGAUCAAGCUCGCCAAGCCGUGGACUACAUCGGAGCCUUGAAGACAGCACAGUCAGCGGGACUCAUCAAAGAAAAGUCAGUGUUCCUUGAGAUCGGCCCUCAACCCAUCUGCUCCUCCUUCAUCGGCAGUACUCUGUCGGUUGAGCCGACAAGACUACUAGCGGCCCUUAGGAAUGGCGAAGACGCAUGGAAGACCACAUCAUCUGCCCUGAGCGCUGCUUACAAUGCGGGUCUUCCUGUUAAUUGGCCAGAAUAUCACAAAGCUUUUGCCAACAGCUUGACGUUGCUCGACCUUCCGACCUACGCAUUCGAAGAGACGAAUUUCUGGACUCCGUUCACCUCGCCAGAAACUGCGGUCACGAGCCCUCUCGUCAUUGAGCCUUCGGCGGCCACUCUCGCGAGAACAUUGAAAGGCCCGCUACAGAGACUUCUGUCAUGCGAUGUUGGCAAUGACUCUGUCUCCAUGGCCUUCGAGUCCAAUACAAGCGAAACCGAUCUUCGCGAAGCAAUCCUUGGUCACAUUGUAGCGGACACACCGUUGAUGCCUGUUACUUUGUGGUGCUCUAUGGGAACAGCAGCUGGCCAACAUGCUUACGAGAAGCUUUACGGUGGUGCCCGAGUGCCUGGACUGGAGCUCCGAAACGUGACUCUCACGAGUUCUGUGACCGUCAACGAGGACUGCGCCACAGUUGUCGUGAUCACUGCGUAUCUGGACAAACGCAGCCAGAAAUGCAAGGUCACCUUCGAAUCGCGCUGUGCUGGAAUCUUGAAACAGCACGGAGGGUGUGAAGUCGUGUUUUGCAACGACGACGAACAGCGGACGACAAUAUUACCGCGCUUCAUCCCACUCAUCAAGUCCCGCAUCAAAGCCCUACAAGCGGGGUCCGGUAUGGGCAAAGUCCACCGCCUCCUCAGACCUGUGGUAUACCGGCUCUUCCAGCAUCUUGUAACAUACAGCGAACGGUACCAGGCAAUUGACGAACUCGUCCUUGACCCAGAAGCUCGCGAUGCGGUGGCAAAGCUCACUUUGAACUCAUCGAGCGAAUCAACCGAUCUCUUGCCGGCCUACUGGAAUGACUCGAUUGCCCAUCUGGCUGCUAUCGUGCUUAAUUGUGGUCUGGCCUUCCCUGAAGACAAGGCAUUUCUCACUAGCGGCUUCGAGUCCUGGGUGACCAUUGGCAAGCUCUGUGCAGGGGUGCAAUAUACGAGCUAUGUGACUUUCCAAGAGAUCGAAAACGACACUACCAUCGUCGGGCAUGUCUACGUUCUGGAACAGGACCGUCUUGUGGCCACGGUCACUGGGCUAAAAUUCCACAUGCUGAAGAAGUCUGCGCUCAAGACAUUGUUAUCGGCCACUCGAUCAGCGACCAGUGUCAGCUCUCCAGUGGAUGCAAGAACGCAUCAGUCAAUUCCGUCUCUUCCUCGCGAGGCUCUGAACCGACACGAUGCUGCUACAGUAUCUAUCAGCACCACCACUCGCCAGAUUGCUGCAGGGCAAACAACGGCUCUGAAGCCCGACAUUGCAUCUGUGUUCCUGGCCGUUGUUGCCGCCGAAACCGGGUUGGGUCGAUCAGAGUUGCUUCCCAGCACAGAGUUUGCAGACAUCGGUGUGGACUCUCUAAUGAGUAUCACAGUCCUUGCCGCCUUGAAGCGACAGACUGGAAUCGAGUUGAUGGGCAACUUCCUUGUCAACAACCCCACAAUCGGUGCGGCCACCAAAGCGCUGAAGACAAUGUUUGCCACUGAGUCGGAGCCAAUACCAGACCCGAUUCAGAGACCCCGGAUCACCCACACGCCUUCCUUCACCGCCUGGCCGUCUACGCCAUCGAGCGAACUCUCUGACAUUGCACCAGCAGUGGUGCCAGGUGCGAUGACCACGCCGGGUUCGACGAGUUCGGAUAUCUGGGUUGCAGUCACCCCGAUGAGUGAAUACUCUGCGCCACCUUCUCCACCGCCAGCGAAGAGUUUACCUCUUGAUCAAGUGUCAACCACACCGACUUGCAAGGUGGUCCAUAUCCAGGGAAAAGCCUCGAACCAAGAAACACCCCUCUUCCUGUUGGCGGAUGAGACGGGGACGAUCACCUCGUACAUUCAACUUCCGCAACUGGGGAAUGGUAGGAACGUCUAUGGCGUGGAGUCGCCAUUCGUUAAAGAACCUUCACAAUUCAAUUGCUCUUUCGCGGAUCUGGCAAGGAUUUGUGCUGCAGCCGUUCGGAAGCAGCGUCCCUCCGGUCCGUACCAGCUAGGAGGCUUCUCCAUUGGCGGCGGUCUGUUGGCCUAUGAAGUCGCACAUAUACUCCGAGCAGCCGGAGAGCCAGUCGAGGCCCUCUACCUCGUCAAUACUCCCCUGAUCAAUACCAGCGAUGAGAUGAUCCCCACUACUGUGGCAGAGCUGCAGGACUCUGGCAUUAUCAAUGGCAGCAAGCGCUCUGGCAAGUUCCACAGCACCGUGCUUCCCGCGCAGCAAGAUCACACUGCCAGAGUCUUCACGGCUCUCGCCGACUACCCGAUCAAGAACGAAAUACUCGAGACUACUGCCACGAUCAUGGUGGCCAAACGGGGUCUCCGAAGCAGCGUGUCUCCGACGAAACGGUUGAGUCAGAUGUGGAGUGCCGAGAGGAUGCAGCAAUGGUGCACACGCGUCGCGAAGGCGGAUAUUCACCAGCUUGAUGCCGAUCAUCACGGCAUGAUGUCGUAUCCCAAGGUAAAAAAUUCUAUCGCUUUGCUUUUUUGCCGACCGAAGUCGAAUCUUUGGCUGACAGGCUGUACAGAUCAAAGAGGUCUCUGCAAUCCUAUCGGGAUCAUCAGAGUGAGUGAGUGAGUGAGUGAGUGAGUGAGUGAGUGAUAAGCCAAGGUUAUUUCUCUCUUUUUUUCUUUUUUGCAUCUUGGUGGAUGAUGGAGUUUUGCUGCGUUGGGAUUUUGAUAUGCAGACAUAUAGAUCGUUUCAUUUUAUGCUCUAUGCUCUAAAGUCACUCAUGCACAUGGCUUUUUCUAUCUCUUCUGUCGUCUUGAAAAUGUCGCUAUUUUACACUGGAGCUUUGAUUUGCCUUGCUUGAUCCAGCUGCUGACUUCUCUGUUUCCCAGACGACCGACAUGCGCUUCGCUGUCUGCAUAGCGGAUCUCUUCUUCUCAGCCGCCAGGUCACGGGCAAUUUGUUUCUCGCAUUCUAGCGCGUGA